CUUAGAAUCGCUGAUUCAGAUUCUCACCAUUCCCAUUUGGAUCCAAACCCACUUAUGAAAACAGUUACCCUUUUUCCGUCUGCCUAAAAAUCCUCCAUUUACCGAGCCAUCUUCCUCCGGCGUCGUCCAUCGGAGAAAUUACAGUGAGUGUCAUUAUAUAAAAGGGUAUGAUUUUCUUUGAUCAAAGAGAUGAUAAAAAUGGAAAAGGAAAUCAACACAGAGAACGAGAAGAAGAAGAGGAAGAGGAUGAAGAUGGAAGGGGGAAAGGAAUUGAUGCAUGGGAAAGGGUUUAUGCAGAUGACAGAUCAUGGGAGGCUUUACAAGAAGAUGAAUCUGGUCUUCUUCAACCUGUUGAUAACAAAACCCUUUAUCAUUCUCAGUAUCGCCGUCGUCUACGAUCUGCUUCUGCAGGUUCCAGAAUCCAGAAGGGACUUAUUCGUUACGUUUACAUAAUUGUCGAUUUCUCCAGGGCAGCUGCAGAUAUGGAUUACAAACCUAGCAGAAUGGCGGUAAUUGCGAAGCAAGUAGAUGUUUUCAUAAGGGAAUUCUUUGAUCAAAAUCCACUUAGCCAAAUUGGCAUUAUUAACAUAAAAGAUGGAGUUGCACAAUGCUUAUCAGAUCUUGGUGGAAGUCCAGAAUCACAUAUCAUGUCUUUGAUGAGUAAGUUGGAAUGCUCAGGCGAUUCCUCUCUUCAGAAUGCCCUUGAUCUCGUUCACGACUGUUUAUGUCAAAUUCCAUCCUACGGCCACAGAGAAGUUCUCAUCUUGUAUACGGCUCUUAGUACAUGUGAUCCAGGAGACAUAAUGCAAACCAUUCAGAAAUGCAAGAAAUCUAAAAUAAGGUGUUCAAUAAUUGGACUCUCAGCAGAAAUCUUCAUUUGCAAAAAAGUUUGCCAAGAAACAGGUGGAUCAUAUUCCAUUGCAAUGGAUGAGUCCCACUUGAAAGAACUGAUGUUGGAACAUGCACCACCACCACCAGCUAUAGCAGAGUUUGCAACUGCAAAUUUAGUAAAAAUGGGAUUCCCACAGAGAGCUGGAGAAGGUGUUUUCUCCAUAUGUUCUUGUCAUAAAGAAGCUAAAGUUGGUGGAGGGUAUACUUGUCCAAGAUGUAGAGCACGAGUGUGUGAUCUUCCAACCGAAUGUCCUAUUUGUGGCCUCACUCUUGUUUCUUCUCCACAUUUGGCACGCUCAUAUCAUCAUCUCUUUCCAAUUGCUCCUUUUGAUGAUUUGUCACCGUCGGUUUUGAAUGAUCCAAUCAACAGGCAGCCUAAAAACUGUUUUGGUUGCAGGCAGAGCCUUUAUGUUCCAGGAAGCAACAAGACCAAUCCUUGUGUUGUUUGUCCUAAAUGCCAACAACUCUUUUGCGUGGAUUGCGAUAUUUAUAUUCACGAGAGUCUGCACAACUGCCCCGGUUGCGAGAGCUUGAGGCACUCAAACAAUGGUACUGUAGAAAAGUAGAGCGCUUGAGGCACUUAAUGAUAAUAAUAUUAGAAAUUGUUCGGUUAAUGAUAGUAAGAUUAAGAAAUUGUUCGAAUCCCCCAAACCAAACCCGAGAUAGCAGGAUAUGAACAAACAAACAAACAGGUUCAAUAGAUGAGAUUGUGGAUUGUCAUAAGUGCCUCUUCAAAUUUCCAUUAUUGAGAAACCACAACUGGAAUUUGGUUAUUGUUUGAUUUGUUGAUUAGUGUUGUGCCAUGUUUGGAUAACACAAAAUUAGAGUCUGUCUAUUGUAAACACAUUUUUUAUAUGGUGUGGAUAUUCAAAUGGGAUCAUAUUUUGAAAGGAGAUCUAUCUUAACUUGGUUUUGAUUACAUU